CUUAAGUUACAAGCAACAGUGACUCCGCCACGUCCUGUACUGUUCAUAUUCUGUUUUGUUUUUGUCAUAAAAAAAAAACAGUUGUUCAGUGGCUGCCAGUGUUUUAUUUUUCGAUAAAUCUUAGAACGCAGCGGGAGUUUUGUCGAAGAAGAUGGAACACGCGGAGUUCAGGGUAAAAGCUAAAGAAAUGGUGGACUACAUAGCCGACUAUCUGGAGAACAUUCGAGAGCGUCGCGUCUACCCUGGCGUCCAGCCGGGCUACCUCCAUAAGCUGUUACCGACUGAGGCUCCGCAGCAGCCUGAGAAGUGGGAUGACAUCUUUAAAGAUGUCGAAGAGCAUAUAAUGCCGGGGUUGGUCCACUGGCAGAGCCCCCAUAUGCACGCUUACUUCCCAGCCCUGACUUCAUACCCGUCUAUCAUGGGAGACAUGCUUUCCAGCGCCCUCAAUGUACUCUGCUUCACUUGGGCGUCGUCGCCAGCUGGUACAGAAUUAGAGACCAUUGCCAUGAACUGGCUCGGCAAGCUACUGGGCCUUCCUGACUGCUUCCUCAACGAGAAGAACGAUAGUCCGGGCGGUGGAGUCAUUCAGACGACAGCGAGUGAAGCAACGCUUGUUAGUUUGCUAGCAGCUCGCACCAGGGCACUCAUGGAGCUUGCCAAGUUGAACCCUGAGCUCCAGUCAUCGGAACUGCUCGGCCACCUGAUCUGCUACUGUUCUGAUCAGGCCCACUCCUCAGUUGAGAAGGCGGGAUUGAUUGGUCUGGUCAGGAUGAGAUACAUCGAAUCUGACGAGAACCAGAGCAUGCGCGGGGCUCAACUGGAGGAAGCCAUCAUCAGCGACAAGGCUAAAGGCCUGGUGCCGUUUUGGGUGUGUGCAACAUUGGGAACCACGGGGUCGGUUGCCUUCGACAACCUGCGGGAGGUGGGUCAAGUGUGUGAGAAGCACUCCGCUUGGUUGCACGUGGACGCGGCAUACGCUGGCAGCGCCUUCAUAUGUCCUGAGUACAGGCACUGGCUGGAUGGAGUAGAAUUGGCAGACUCGUUCGCGUUCAACCCUUCCAAGUGGUUGAUGGUGAACUUUGACUGUACCGCCAUGUGGGUCAAAGAUAGUACAGCACUUCAUAGAACAUUUAAUGUGAACCCCAUUUAUUUGAGGCACGAGAAUUCAGGCAAAGCUAUCGACUAUAUGUUGGGUACGCAAAAAGCAAAUACUCGAAGAAAAUUUCGCACCAAAGAUGAUGGGGAAAAUUUUGAUAAAUCACCAAAUACAAAAAGUGAUGCAUCAAUUGUUAAUGAAGUUGAUAAUGACAAGCAUGCUAUUAUGAAUGGUGAUCUCAAAAAAGCUGAUGAUGUUGAAGUUACUGAUAGAAAUAAGGAUGUGUCUGAUGAUAAAACUGACGAUACAAAUGACCUGUAUAAUAAUGAAAGAAACCUUCAUGGAUACAACAAGAUAUCGCAUGGAUGUGGAAAAACUAUACAACUGGAGAAUCCUGAUAAAAAGGAGAUGCUUCAUUGGCAAAUACCAUUGAGUCGACGUUUUAGAGCUUUGAAGCUAUGGUUCGUAUUGAGGAAUUAUGGUGUCUCCGGGAUUCAGAAGCAUAUCCGAGAAAGUGUCCGUUUAGCUCAAAAAUUUGAAGCCCUAGUUUUAGCUGAUCAGAGAUUUGAAAUUCCACAACCAAGGAAUUUAGGUAUGGUUGCGUUCAGAUUGAAGGGGGAUAAUGCACUCACCGAGCGCUUAUUAAAGCGGUUGAAUGCUCGUGGCUUCAUACACGCAGUACCAGCUUGCUUCAAGGGCAUUUAUGUGAUCAGAUUCACAGUGACCUCUCAGCGGACUACCAAUCAGGACAUCUUGGACGAUUGGAAUGAAAUUAAGACGGUGGCAAAGGAAAUACUUAUAGACGUAUUUGGUUCGGAGAAUGGUAAUAUCAUUGUACCAAAGAAACCAAGAAUUUCCUUGAAAGAAACUCGAGAACUUAAUGCAACGUUUGGAACCAGCCUACUUCUCGCCAAUAGUCCAAUGAGUCCAAAAAUCGUAAAUGGCACUCAUGCAGCUAUUUGCGAUUAUGAACAAGUUUUGACAUCUUGCGCGCAAACCUUCGCCCAAUUGAAGAUGGAGCCAAAGGAUAGUCCUGAGAUGCGCCGGCGCAUCCGUGGCAUCAAAAUGUGCGGUAAGAAGUUCUCGCUUGACUCCUGCAUGGAUAUGGUGCAGGGUCUGAUGAUGGAGCAGCCGUUGCCGCUUUGCUCUGAAGACGUGGAGGAUAUAUCAAAUGGAUCGAGCCCUGGCGAGAGAUCAUCCCUAUCAUUAUCACCGGUGACAUCUAGCGGCACUAUCAAACAGGACUCCAACUCUGAUUCAAACCAGUUACAAGUACCACCAACACCAUCAAGACAAUACCGGUCCAAAUCUGUUGACGUAUCUCUUACAGGAUUAAAGCUUGACGAUGCAAAAAUAACAAUAGAUAUGAAAAAUAGUGAGAUUAUUAUAACACCAACUGGUUCAAAGAAUAUACACGAAUCUGUCGAUAAUCAGAAGGCUGUAUUGUGUGAUAUUGAAGAAAAACUCAAUAUUGGUGACAAAAUUACACAAGCGUUUGAAAAUUUCCAAGACGGCCUGCAAAUGUUAAGCGAAUAUCGACAGAAUAAUAUAGAGGAUAAGGAUGAUAAUAAAUCGGAUGAUUGUAAUGCAAAAUUAACUAUUAGAGGACCGGGGAGCUACAUUAAGAAGUUGAUCCAACAAUUCAGUGAAGGCCCUUUCGAAACUGAGGACCCCAAGCCUGAAUCUGAAAGAGGUAUUUCAACUCAAUCGAUUAGAGACAGAGCCGAUGCGAUUUGUAAAAAAUGUUUGCACUAUAAGGGGAAGAUAUCUAAGUAAAUAAAAUAUUGAUUUAAUUUUAUUAAGAAAAGUAGACACUGGCUGGAAUAUUUGAAAUUAAUUAGCGACUUACUCGUUACUUCAGUAAAAAAUGUUACAAAUAUUUUCGUUACCUACAGCAACAUGCAUAAUUACAAAUUCUUCUUUAUUUAAAUAAUCAAUUGUUACAUUUUAUGGAUUUUCAAAAGAAGAAAGUUCUGAUCUUCUGGGUUUUGUUUUGCGACUAUAUUUGCAAUUUUGAACUGUUUUGACAACAAUUCUUAUUUUAAUCAAUAGAAUUUACCUACAUAUUGGUCUCAAAUUAAUUUUGUGACUAUUAAAUCUGCCGUUAUUCUUUACAGAGCAAGAAAAUGCUUGGUCUGUAAAUCUACUUUUAAAAAUUUAUAUAUAAACACGCAAUAUUGACAAUGUAGGUUUUAUUUUUGUCAAUUUUUUUUUUAAUAUUUUAAAUUUUAAAUUUGGAACAAAAACACUGAUUACAAUAUUAUUGAAUUUAUUGAUGACUUAUUAUUGAAGGGUAUCCACGGAAUGUCUUUUCGUUUAUCGAUUUGUUUACGAUUGAAGAUUCUUUUGAUUAUUUUAAAAAAAUAUUGAAAGAGCUGUAUUUAUUUAUUUAUUUAUGCUUUAUUGUACACAUAAAUUACGUUGUUAUAAUGUUUACAUAGAAAAUGCUGUAGUUUAUUUAAUAUUGCGCACGAUUUCUAAGAAAAGUUAAAAGUAAAUAUGAGAUUUCGAGUUAAGAACCAAGUGCAUGCGGAAAGUUGUUUUAACUAGAGAAUAUUUAUAUUUUGUACAAUUUCACAUAUUAUUAUCGCUGGGUUUCGACUUAGUAUCACAGUUAUCAUGUCAAUGGUUUAUUAUUUAUCACAAUCAAAUAACAUCACGUUUCCAUAAAGAUGUUAUAUUAUUUAAUUUUAUAAUUUAAUUUUAAUUUUAAAUAAAUCGGUGCAUAAUUACAUAUCUUUUAUAGUCUAUUGGUGCAAUUUACUUGGUAUCAGAGGAAUACGUUUUUAGUUUAAUCUUUAAGAUAAAAAAUUAUACAAAUAGUAUAAUUUUUUGACUUAAUUUUUAUACUAGGCGUAGUCAAGAUCAGUUUUUCUAUUAUACUUCCUUCCCAAUCUUGCACACAUAUCAAUCAUAGAUAAAGUAUUGCUAAGGCAUUUAAUAUUAAAUAAAUUAAUUAUAAUAUUCUUUAAAUACAUUUAAUUUAAAUUUUAAUUAUUAAAUUCUAUUUAAUUUACUUUACUUGCCCCUAUAUAAAAUUAUUUAUAUUAAAUUGAAAUUAUUUAAUAAUUUUAAUUGAGUUAUGUUAAUUUAAUUCUCAUAUAGUACCUAUUUUUUAUUUUAAAAGCAUUCUAAAAUCUUUACACUACAUUGAGAAAUGCACAAUUGGGCAUUUUAAAAUAUUUUCCAUACAUAUUUAGACAAAGGUACUAUUAAAAAUUAUAUAUUCCUAGCACAAUGUAGGGAAGAGAAUAAUUACUCAAUCAAACCGGUAGUUAGUUUAUGACACGCUAGAUGGCGCAUACGUCAGACUUAAUUCAGUUUAAAGGGAGAUUGAAAAAUUACGACAGAUAGUUCAUGUUGUAAUUGGAAUUGUACUCAGCUCAGAUAGCUGAGAUAUACUAUAUGUAGCUGAGUUUGAGUCAUUUAAAAAGUAAAACUGGUGAUAAUGAUAAUGGAAUGAUUAACUUAAAUGAAUUGCAGAGAGUCAGUGGAUGCAGGUAGCUCAGGACCGUUAAUCAUGGCAGUCUAUGGGGAAGGCCCAUGUUCAGCAAUGAACAAGAAUGGCUGAGAUGUCGAUAACAAUGAUUUGGUAACCCCGCUUGCGCUAUUGGUUGAUUAGCGGAGCAUCAGUGAGGGAUGAUAUAAGAUGAUGAAAAUAAAUCUGUUGUCCCAUCUUGGUGUAUUCGUUAAGAAUUAAGCACGGUGGUUUCCAUAGGAAACUACGUGGAGGUCGACUUGAAUGAAUAUAUUGACUAACGACCCCAUUGCUAGCAAAGCAAUAAGGCCUUUAGUCUAAAUUACUAACAAUCCCUUCUCCCCCUGUAUCUAGUAGUAAUUAACUAUGCUAUUAAACAGUGUUAUUAAAAUAAAAAAACUAAAUAAUAUAUAAGACCUCGGUGGCUAUUUAAGUAAUUCAGGUUAUUAAACAUUUUAUUAUUAUUAUUUGUCUAUCAUAAUAUGUGAUGUGUGUAAAUUAUAUAAAUUAUAAAAAUUAUAUCGACUUUCUAUCUAUAAAUAUAAAUACCUACUAUAGGAACACUAUUCAAAUUUCUCGCGAUCAGAAUCGCAGGUUACAGCUAGUCUAGUUUAUUCUAAAUACAACAUCUCAUUUGAUAAAUAACGAAAUUUAAUAAUCCUUACUUUAAUUAAUAUGAAAUAUUAAAUUUUAAUAAAUUCUGUUACAGUUUAAUAAUUUAAAAUGUUACAAAAAACAUUUAAGUUUACUUAAUUUUAUAUAUAUAAUUUAAAUUUAAACUGAGUAAACUUCUAAAUUACUGGUAUUAAAGUAUUACCGAAAUGUGUAUUUAGCAAUAAUGUUAUAUUGUAUAGACGAUGUUUAAUAGUGUGGUGUAUAAUAGAAAUAAAUAUAUAAAUAAAUUAAUCGUUAAAAAUAUAUUUUUUCAUCUAAAAUUUGCUUUAGAUAUACAGUUUUUGUGAUUUCCAAUUAGAGUUUUGUCUUUUAUAUUCUUUACGUUAUACCAAAUUUUUCUUGCUACUUCAUACGUAUAAUUUUCAAAAAUUUUUGAUUACUAGAUUUUAAAUUAGACCAUCAGGAAUACAACUGUGAAAAUACAUAUAAUUCGAUGUAGUGGUUUUUGUAUGAUGCCGUAUAUAAACAUACAUACAGACAGACACGUAAAAUUUCUGAAAUUUAUUGUUUUGGCAUUUAUUGGUCUCGUUAAGUCGUUACAGUUUUAUUACAUUAGUAAGAUUAUGUACAUUUUUUGAUGAUUCUUGGUGAUUAGUACAGAUCAUCAGGAAUUAUCAUUUGAAUCUUUACUUAAAUGACGUACAUUUAUCUUAAAAUUUUGUUUAAAAACUGUUUUAAUUUUAGUUCUUUAUUAUUUUUAUAUACACGCUUUUUUGUACAUUAAGAAUUUAAUAAUUAAUGUUUCUUAAUAAAUGAAAUGUAAUCACUAGUUUAAAUAGUUUUAAGAAUGAUAUAAAAAAAAUGUAAUUGAUGUUGAUAAUGGCUAAAAAUGUUUAUAAUAUGGCUUAAAAUGUUCACUAAAUUAUAAUAAUGAUAUUGACUGUAUAAUAAUCUACAUAUUUUAUGAAAAUAUAAUGAACAAACUUCUUAUAUGUAACUUAUAUACAUUAUAUUUAUUCAUAAAUUAAUGCACAAUGUCGUAUUUAGUUACUAUAUUUAAUAUUGUAAAUGAUAUACUUAAUUUAAAGCCAUUUAUUUAUUCUAUUUUAUUUAUUGAUUUAUUGAUAGUAAUUUGAUUAAAUAAAGACAGUUAAAAAUCAAUGAUUAUAUCAUAUAUCAUAUUUUUAUAUUUUUCUUUUCCCCUUAAAAAAUUACAAGGCACUGUUCUUGUACUUGAUUUAGCUAUUCUUAACUGAUGCAUUUAAUUUUUAUUUGUGUAGGUAUAUUUAUUAAAAAAAAACAUUUCAUUUUCUUAGAAUAUUUAUUAUAAUUUUUGUAUUAUUUAUCUGUUUGUAUUAUUGUUAAUAAUUUUAAAUUUUUAAAUAUGAAUUUAUUUAUGUACAGAAUGAGUGUAUACAAAAUAUUUAUUUAUUUAACUCUUUUAUAAGUAUCACAAUGUUAUACGCAUGACAUAAUUUUAUAUUUAUAUAAACUCUAUUUCAUUCUGUAAUAUAAUUGUUUAAUGUUACAAAUAGUUUAGUUUCUGUAUCAUUAUAAAGAACAUUAAUAUAUAAAUAAAGAAAUAUUAGUUUGUUAAGUGAGUAACCGGUGUACCUAUGUAUGUAUAUGUAUAUGAAGAUAUGUAGUAUUCAUUUUAUAUUAGUUUACAUUUAUGUAUAUUUAAGUAAAUGUUAUAUUAUAUAUACUGCUGUGCUAAAUCAAUAACACAUUAUAUUAUGUAUAUAUCUAUAAACUUAAUAUAUUUUUACUUAUAAAUUCAUAUAAAAUAAAAUAUAUGUAUUUAAAUGUUUAAAUAAAUGUAGUAAAUAUUAGGCUAGUAAUGUUCAUACGUGUGUGAUAAUAAUUAUUAAAAAAAAAGUAAUUAAUUAAUAUAUAAAUAUAAUUAAUCUUUAAAAUUUAUGUUCAUUUUUUAUCCAAUAUCUACAUAUAUAUGUAAACGACAAAACCAUAGUUCAUUAAUAUUUAUUUACAUAUGUAUAUAGAUAUAAUUAAUCUAUUAAUAAUAUAAAUUUUGAUUACUUUGCAAUAUAUUAUGUUUUUGUUAAAUUU